AUGUGUACUGGUGCCGACUCCGAGCCCAAUGGGCAAGACAAUGGUGCUCCUGGCGUCAUUGCUCCUGAUGGCGAUCACACUGGUUUUGUUGGCAUUGAGACUCGCCAAAACCCACACCCCUCCUCAUCCCGCAACCCCUACGGUCACGACGCUGGCGUCACCGAUUUCCUUAGCAAUGUCUCACGCUUCAAGAUUAUUGAGUCUACUUUGCGUGAGGGAGAGCAGUUCGCCAACGCCUUCUUCGAUACCGCCAAGAAGAUCGAGAUUGCCAAGGCUCUCGAUGACUUCGGUGUGGACUACAUUGAACUCACAAGUCCCUGCGCUUCUGAGCAGUCCCGUGCGGAUUGCGAGGCCAUUUGCAAGCUUGGCCUGAAGGCUAAGAUUCUCACUCACAUUCGCUGCCACAUGGACGAUGCCCGUAUUGCUGUUGAGACCGGUGUUGAUGGAGUUGAUGUUGUUAUCGGUACUUCCUCUUACCUCCGUGAGCACUCUCACGGCAAGGACAUGACCUACAUCAAGAACGCCGCCAUUGAAGUUAUCGAGUUCGUCAAGUCUAAGGGCAUUGAGAUCCGCUUCUCCAGUGAGGACUCUUUCCGUUCCGACCUGGUUGACCUUCUGUCAAUCUACUCCGCCGUGGACAAGGUUGGUGUGAACCGUGUUGGUAUUGCCGACACCGUUUACGAGCUCGUCCGUGUUCUGCGCGGUGUUGUUGGCUGUGACAUCGAGACUCACUUCCACAAUGACACUGGCUGUGCCAUUGCCAAUGCCUUCUGUGCCCUCGAGGCCGGUGCCACUCACAUUGAUACCUCGGUUCUCGGUAUCGGCGAGCGUAACGGUAUCACCCCUCUCGGUGGCCUGAUGGCCCGCAUGAUGGUCGCCGACCGCGACUACGUCAAGGGCAAGUACAAGCUUGAGAAGCUCAAGGAGAUUGAGGACCUCGUCGCCGAGGCCGUUGAGGUCAACAUUCCUUUCAACAACUACAUCACCGGUUUCUGCGCCUUCACCCACAAGGCUGGUAUCCACGCCAAGGCUAUCCUCAACAACCCCAGCACCUACGAGAUUAUCAACCCUGCCGACUUCGGCAUGACCCGCUACGUCCACUUCGCCUCCCGUUUGACCGGAUGGAACGCCAUCAAGUCGCGUGCCCAGCAGCUCAAGCUUGAGAUGACUGACGCUCAAUACAAGGAGUGCACUGCCAAGAUUAAGGCUAUGGCUGAUAUCCGUCCUAUUGCCGUCGAUGAUGCCGACAGCAUUAUCCGCGCCUACCACCGUAACUUGAAGUCCGGCGAGAACAAGCCCCUUCUUGACCUGAGCGCCGAGGAGCAGGCCGCAUUCGCCGCCAAGGAGAAGGAGCUCCUUGCGGCUCAGGCUGCCGGUCUUGCGGUAUAG